AUGAGUCAAAAUCUAAGUCUACCAGAAACUAAACUUGAAAACCCUAAUUCUCCGCAUAGAGAUUGGUUAGACAAGUUCAUAGAGUAUAAACUCAGAGGCUCUUCUAUCGAAAUUAGGAAUACCCUUCUUGUGGUGGUUAUACUUAUCACAACUGCAACAUAUCAAACCUCACUUAGUCCUCCUGGAGGACUUUGGGGGGACACAGGCAAUAGUACUUUACCGCAACUCGCAGAUGAUGGUACUCCUACCAUUAAACACCACUAUGCUGGAGAAGCUAUUAUGGGUACCCACAGAAAUCAAGCACCAUAUGCUGUAUUUGUUAUUACGAAUUCCUUAGGGUUCUACAUGUCAGUUUACAUGAUUUACAUGCUCACUGUUGAUUUCCCUUUGAUGCGCGAAUUGCAGAUUUCAAUGAUUGUAUUAAUCGUAAACCAUGCUAAUUGCAUCUUUGCAAUUGUGCCAUCUGAUUACAAAAUGCUUCGUAUAACUUGCGUCGUGAUAUUUGGGAUAUUUGGGAUAUUAAUUCUGCUCUUGGGGUUUAGAUUUUUGGGUAGAAGAUCAAAGUGGUUCAAAUGA